ACUCGAGGUGUGGCCUCACCAGAGCUGAGUACAGGAGGACAAUCACUUCCCUAGCCCUGCUGGCCAAUUUCUUUUUAGCCUGACCGGCAUCUAGGCCCAGAACCAGAGGGAGAUUUAUUGACGUUUUGUUUUGUUUUGUUUGUUUAGAUUUGCAAAAUAGCUGUGAUUAUUCCAACUUUUUAAAAUAUCCUUUGCUCCCUAGUACUCCUGUUGGAAAUUUGCUAUUGAUUAGUUUUUCUGUUGAGCAGAUAGCCUUCAGCAUCUGCAUGCCUGAUGUCCUUAGAGGGUCAGAAUAAGAUUUGUACUUUUACAUUUUUUAAAUACUUUUCUUUCUCCACUUGCACCUUAGUUAUCAAUUAGAAGCAGGCUUACUGUGCUUUUGUAAUUAGUAGUCUGCAAACAAAGCUGCUAAGGAUUAAUGAUUUCUACUGGCUACCAAAAAGUAUUCAGUAGAUGCACAAGAGAAUGACCUAUAGCACCUCUGUAUAAAUGAUGUUUGCACUAAAAUGGUCACUUGAGAAAGCAAAGAACCACCUCUGUUGAAGGAUAUGCACUUGCAUCAGUUUGUAAUCUUUAACUGUAUUUGCCCUACCUUCUCUGUUGACAUGCAGCUAUGAGACUAGCAAAAACACUAAGGCCCAGUUCCUGGCACCAAGUCAGUCUUGUCACUGACUUGAACCUGUUCUUAUUCCUAUUGUGGCAAGCAAAAUUACUUUCUUGCUUCUUAACUUAGAGAGAUGAAUAUAUACCUUUAAUGGGAAAACUUGGUGUUCAGCUGGGUUUUAUGAAUAGUAGUCCUGCCAGUUCAGGAGUAAUAGGUUUAAUUCCUGAGGUGUACAUUUGUUUUAGAAGGCAGGUGUGGUUUUUUUUUUUAUUAUUUUUAAUCAGGGUGAGAAGGUGAUUUAUGUUAAAUAGUGGACUUAGGUAAUCACAGCUACUUCAAACUUGCACGCACAGGAAAGUUCUAACUAAGUAAUGUAUCUAGAGAUGAAGUAAAACAUGUUUAAAGUACCAUAGUUAUAUUGGCAUGAUUUCCUGCUUGGUCAGUCUUAGACACAGACAAGGCUAAUUUAGUUUGUGGUUUCUUGCAAGUUGUUUAAGCUGAGAGAGUCCAGAGAAGAACUGAUGCCAGUGUAACUAGAUGUAAAAUUGUGGUCACUUAAAUAGCAAAACCCUUCUGUGUAGGCAAAUCUUUUGAUACUGUUUGACUCGUAGCAGAGUAUAAGCAAAUAAGGGAAGGAAGAAGAGAUGCAUAGCCAUGAGAAGCUCUUUUUGUAUCUGAAAUCCAUCUCAAGGAAAUGUCGUUACAUGUGCAAGAAAACCAGGGGGAGGUCUUUGCAAGAAGGAAAUAGUUUCAAAAGAGGACCCGCCAUAGAGGAGACUACUGCAAAGACCAGUAUAUCUUGACAUGGUUUGUUGUUCAUCAGGAAGCUGAAUAACAAACUUGGACUUCUCUUGCUUUUGGUGCACUGGUCUGUGUUUUCCUUUUGAGUAAAUCACUUUAAAAUACCUAGAAAAGCCUUUACUUAAGAGGGAAGCAAGCUACUGUGAGAGAAAUCCAGUACAGUCUUUUGCUGUAGGUUCUAAACUCAAUUAGUACAUGUCAGAUAGAGAUUGAAUGCAUCUGUUCCUUUCUGGUUCUAAAGGGUUAGAUAGGUGACCAUCAUCUUGGGAGUUUUGAAGUGGCAUCAACAACCUCUCAACUCCUGGCUAAGGAGCAGAGUUCUUUAAGUGUUGGUGGAUUUUCUGUUAUUGUUUGUAGUACGUCCUUUCCUCGUGUUUUCACUGGAGUAAGUGGUUCUAAAAUUCCAACACAUUCUCAUCUUUGCUUUUCAUUUUGCUCCUUUUUACCAAUGCUGCCUGAGAGUUACAGAAUGCUAUAGCAUCUAAGCUAUUUCCAUCUUCUGUUGACCUGAUCAUCUGCCUCCUGAGCUACGAGGAUCAUAGGAUAUAGGAGAUUUUCUUCUAAUUAACUGAGUGUAAUUAUUGGCCAAAUCCACUGUGUCCAGAAUGCACUGUGGUACAAAGCCACUCAAGAAACUGCUCCCUCCUACCACUCACUCAGUCCUCCUGUAAAAGAUCCAGCUGUAGUGCAACUUCAUUGCAUUUGAUGAGUAACUAAAGAUGAGGCAACACAAAACUGUCAUGUGAAGAGAGUAAUGGGCAAUAAGUGGGAAAAGAAAAAAAGAGCCUUUUCAUCAAGCCAAUGGAUUUGUAUCAGCCUGUUUCUUGUUUUUAUGCUGAAGGUGUCUUUGGAAAUGCUUCUCAGCAGGUUUGGCCAGAAGUGAGCUCAUUUCUUAAGGUGACCUUCAUGAUUUAUGCUGCAGAACACUAAGAGUUAAUCCCUCCAUAAUCCAAAUACAAAAGUAGGAAAUGUCCAUUAGACUGAGCUGAGGAGCAGCAUGGGGAACAUGUUAAAAAAAAUCCAAAAUUGAACAGCUUCAAAAUGAGCAAUAGCCUUCUUAGAUUUAAUAAUGUUUAAAACUUUUGUUAUAGCCUCUAGCCCUAAUUUAUAUGAAGGAGCAGUAAGCUGAAAACACUGGAAAAAAUAAGAUUAUUCAUAGCAAUAAAAUAAUGAUCAGUCCUCUAGAAAUCGCCCUAGCCAAUCAAAUGAAAAAUCACGUUACAGUCCAAGGUCAAGAAGACACUUGAUGGAAAAGAUCUCUGGAGGCAAUAUCCUUAAUGACAAGAUGCAGAGCUGAAAAGUGGGAAAGCGUCCUAGAGAGGGCUGUGCCACUUUCUUUUUUUUUUUUUUUUUUUUUCCUGGGGAAAUCUGGAAGAUUCUUAAAAUAAUUUUCUGGGACCCGUUUAUCUGUGUUCAAGCCUGAGGAAAGUCUGACCUCAGGAAGCUGCAAGCAGCUAAUCAAGGAGGCAGCAGAGGGGGGAUAAAGUCCAGAUUCCUUCCAACAAGUAUAAUCUCUGGCAAAUGUGCUUGUACAAGCCAUUUCCUUUUUCAGUUUCGCUGCUGGAGCUGUUGCAGUAGGAAGCCCCAGAUCCCUGCUGCCGCUACAGCCUUUGUGCUUACGGGAGGGAAGGAAGAGUCAGCUGUGGAAAGAAGGAAUUUCAAGAGAAGAGAGAGCGGCUGGCCGGGCUGCUGGGCAGACAGUGGUGGAGAGGCGGAGGCUGGCACUCUGGAGAAAUGCAUACCCACAGCAAAAUGAGAGGCUGGGACAGCAAGGGAAAGGGAGGGGAUAGCUGAGGUGUGGGAGCAAGCUGAGGGCUGUGCCCUACCCGUCUGCGCUUGCCUCCUGCUGUUUUUAAAGGUGAUAGAGAAAUUCUGGGGCAUGUUCUCCUCCCUUAUUUCUCUCCCUUCUUUUUCCCUUUCUGAGGAGAAGAGUCAAGCAGAAGAGAUGGGGAGAGGAAGAGGAAAGUGAAAUUUUAAGAUGCUCUUGGGAACUUUGAUUCCUUCCCUUCGGGUGGAAGGGAAAGGGGUGCUUUCCCCAUGCAGAAAUGAAAGAGGCAUCCCACUACCUCCAAUGUGUAGCAGCUAGUGCCCUGCACCUGGGGAAACUGAGCUGGAGAGCAAGAAGAGGAGGCAGCAGCUGAGCCCAGCAGCAAAAUGAGACUGUGAAGCUUGAAAAAGCUUCUGUUCACUUUGUACAGGAAGGAUGAAGAUCCCCAAAGUACUCACACUCUUGGUAGAGCUCUUGAGUCUGUUAUCCUGUCUCAGAAGCAGGGAGGCUCUUCUGGGAUCCCAGCCCAGCCAAAACCAUUUGCAGAGUGCAGUGUCUAGCGUGUGUGGCAUCGGACCUCUUGGGUAUUACAACGGCUCGCUGGCGGUCACUGAGGCCGGGGCAGAGUGCCUGAACUGGGCAGAUUUCCCUGAUUAUGUGCAGCAGUACCCAGACCGUGGCUUAGGGGACCACAACCACUGCAGGAACCCAGAAGGGGGAACUACACCCUGGUGCUUCUACCGGCUUGCAUCAGGGACCAUAGGCUGGGCUAACUGCGACUGUAACCAAGGUGCUGUGCGCUUGGCUGAAGAUAGUAGUGUGGAGCUCUACUUUGGUGGACUCUGGGGCACCAUCUGUGCUGACCACUGGACUGACUGGGAUGCCAGUGUUGUCUGCAGGCAACUAGGUCUCAGUGAGAUUGGCACAGCUGGAAAGAAGAGUCAUCCUGGACUGUGGCCUAUUCCCCUGCACCUGCAGUCAGCAAACUGCCAUGGGGAUGAGAAAGCCCUGCUGCAGUGUAGCUAUCAGGAAGCUGUGUCAGGAACUUGUAACCAGGGAAGCGCCAUGGUAAUGUGCGUCCCUCCAGAAGGUGUAGGUGUCCCGUUGCGUUUAGUUGGAGGAAAGGAGAGCUUUGAAGGGCGAGUGGAGGUUUACCAUGAUGGCAAGUGGGGUACCAUCUGUGAUGACCAGUGGGAUGACCGGGAUGCUGAAGUGGUUUGUAGGCAGCUGGGACUCAGUGGGAACCCAAAAGCCUUGUCAUGGGCUCACUAUGGGCAAGGAUCUGGCCCAAUCCUGCUGGAUGAAGUGGAGUGCUCAGGCAAUGAACUCUCACUUGACCAGUGCAAGAAAAGUGACUGGGGACAACAAAAUUGUGACCACAUUGAAGAUGCUGGGGUCUCCUGUGACCCUUUCACAGAGGGCACUGUCAGACUGGCUGGUAGUCGCAGCUCCAGCGAAGGCAGGGUAGAAGUUUAUUACAAUGGAGACUGGGGCACAGUAUGUGAUGAUGGCUGGACAGACCUUGGUGCCCAGGUGGUCUGCAGGCAGCUGGGCUUCAGUGGUUCUGCUACCCUGGCCUCUGAAGGAGAUUACACUGCUGGCCAAGGCUUAAUCUUGCUGGAUGAUGUGGCUUGUGUGGGGACAGAGCUCUCCCUCCUGGACUGUCCCCAUAGCAACUGGGGGCAGCACGACUGCUCGCACGCGGAGGAUGUGGGGGUCCGCUGUUCCCCUGAGAGCAACACCGUCACUGAUGGCAGCCUGGGGCCUCCUGUGCGGCUAGUGGAUGGAGAAAGCACCAAGGAGGGACGGGUUGAAGUAUUUGUGAAUGGGCAGUGGGGCAGCGUCUGUGAUGAUGGCUGGACAGACAGAGAUGCUGCAGUAGUUUGCAGGCAACUUGGUUUCAGUGGUACAGCAAAAGCCAGGGCAAUGGCUUAUUUUGGUGAAGGCCAAGGGCCCAUCCAUCUGAACAACGUAGAAUGUAGUGGUGUGGAGCACACCCUGGGGCAGUGUGUCAGGCCUGACACUGGGAUUCACAGCUGCUGGCACAGUGGAGAUGCUGGUGUGAUCUGUGACUAUGUUGAAGAGAAGGUCCAAGAUAUCAGGAGAACAGGUCCAGAGUCUGGUGUGUGUGGCAUGCGCCUGCUUCACCGUCGCAAGAAAAGGAUCAUAGGUGGAAACAAGGCUCUCAGAGGUGGUUGGCCAUGGCAGGUCUCACUACGGCUGAAGGGUUUUCAUAGAGAUACCCGACUGCUGUGUGGAGCAACACUGAUCAGCAGCUGCUGGGUAGUGACUGCAGCCCACUGCUUCAAAAGGUUUGGUGUUGAUGUACGACGCUACCUGCUGCGGGUAGGCGAUUACCACACAGGUGUGAAGGAUGAGUUUGAGAGGGAGCUGCCUGUGGAGAGGAUUGUCCUCCACAGAAACUACUGGGCUGGCAGCAAUGAUAAUGACAUUGCCCUGGUCCGAAUGCGGGGCAGAGAAGGUCACUGUCUCUACUUCAAUUACCACGUUCUGCCUGUCUGCCUUCCUGAUAGGAAAGAGAAGUCUGACAUCAACAGGCAAGCUUGCAUCAUCUCUGGUUGGGGAGACACAGGGAAGUCCUAUUCGAGAACACUACUGCAGGGGGUGGUGCCUCUUCUACCCCGGGAAGAUUGUGAGGCCCGCUAUGGACAGAAGUUCACUAACCGUAUGAUUUGUGCUGGGAACCUCUCUGAAGAUAAACGGGUGGACAGCUGCCAGGGUGACAGUGGAGGCCCACUCAUGUGUCAGAGGUCAAAUGGACGUUGGAUCAUUUUGGGAAUCACUUCCUGGGGUUAUGGCUGUGGUCGAAAGGAUUCCCCUGGUGUGUACACAAAGGUCAGCAAAUAUGUACCCUGGAUCAAGAAAGUGACCAAGCUAAAAUGAAAAUGUCCGAGCCCUAGGAACUUCAACGUACUGUCCUUUUGCCCUGCAGCAGCUGAAGGCUGUGGCUUCCGGCCUGUGACUGGUGGAGGUUUAUGUUGUCAUUUGGACACUGGGAAAAGACUUUAAUAUAGAACUGGGAGAAAACCAGUUAUGGCUGAUUCUUUCUUUAGUUUCGUUUUAGUCCCAAAUAUCUGAGCAGUGAAAGCAGGUGUACACUGGUAGGACAAAUAAGUCUGUGUUGCUCUGACCAUCCAAGUCCUGUAAGGCAGUCACAGUUAUUUCUUUGCCCUGGCACACAGAAAAGGUAGAAUUGGAGAUGCCUGUCUCUGUAAAUCUAUUACCCAAUUUUUGUAUGUUUGACGUUUGAAAAACACUGAAAGGAGAGGUGAGAUGCUCGGAGAUGGCAACAGGCUCUGGCAUAGUGGAAAUCUUCAGAUAUUUUUUCCUAAUGUGUCUCUCAUCAGUUGCAGGAAUCAGAAGAUUUGACUGAGCUGAUCAACAGGCUAACAGUUGUGUUCUUUUUCCUUCCUUGUUAGAUCUCUAGGGGGAACCUUUUCACUUCUGAGUAGUAGAUCCUCUGCAACAUGAUCCCUUUAGUGUCUGUUCCUCCUAAGAGGUGCUUAUCCCUCAAGCUGUAAUCCUGUGCCACACAUUUCUGGUUGUCAGACGCUGUGGUUUUGUUGCUGCUUUCUCCAUAUAGUGAUUCUUUGGUGUUUGUUUGUUUGUUUUCCAUGAAGUAGCAUCUCCUGGAAUCAGUUGUUUGUGUGAGAGUAAAUCUUCAUUUUUAAGAGACAACAGCUUUCUUGCCCUCAUGAUUACUGUGAGUAAUUUAAAAAUGUGACUCCAAAAGGCUGAAUAGACAUGUUAUUUUUCUUUAAAUCCAAAUGUAAUGUUAAUCUCAAACAGGUGUUGAGACAAUUUAACAGCAUGGCAGGGACUUUCUCUUGGUACCUUAUUUAUCAUAGUUAUUAACUGCCCUUUAUUUGUGGUCUUAGUCUUUAACAUCUCCAUGUUCGCAGUUCUCCCAUGAAACAUGGAAAUACUCUGGGGUAUAGAUACAAAAUAAACACAAGGACUGAGUAAUUUGCUUGAGGUGUAAAACAGGAAGUGUGCUGCAAAGCAGCUUCCUGCUUUUCUGAAGUGUGUACUAUUCUUGCAACCUUUGGACUGUGCUUCCUCUCUUCUCUCUGCACUAUUUCUCUUUUCAUUCCUCUCAGUGGAAGUAAACUGGCUUAAGAGUAUGACAGCAGUGCCAUCAGGCUAUAGUUUAGGCUCAGACCUUUCAGCCUGAACAGAAAAAAUACUGAGAGAAAGCAGGGGUUGUUGAAUACUUCAAUUUCUUCCUUCCCUCUUAUCAAACAAGUGAACAGUUUCCUACUCUUAGGCCUUCCUUACUUUUGAAAGCUAAUUUUUUUGAGUGUGUAGAAAAAUAUACAAAUAGAGGGGCUAAGUGUGUUAACAAUUGUGCAGUGCACAACAGCGUGUUCUAGCUGUGUGGCCAAGCCAGAAUGAAGAAAGGUCUGUUCAGGAGCAGCUUUGCUGCAUAACUGAUGAUCCAAACAUGGAGUAAUAAAAUGGUAUGGGACAUGUGGAACUUGUGCCAAAUGUGCAUGUUUUGGGUUCACUCAUGCACUGUGGUGUAGGCACUGACUGGGUCAGACACUGGUCUGCUGUCCGGGAGGUGUGUACUCAAGGCACCGAAAUGUUCAAUACCUAGGGAUUAGCAAGGCGAGAACGGAAGACAGAGUACGGCCUGCGGAUUAACCAUGUCAUCUCACAGGACAAGUGGUGACAGCGCCCUAGAAAUUGUCUUGGAUUCAACUAGCAGUGAUUGCCUAAAGUUUUAAUUUGUCACCUAUAAAGCAGCUUAGUCUAAAGGUGCUGACCUGGCGAGGUGUCUGUUUUUUGUGUGUGAAUGUUAAACCAAACAGUUGCAUUUACUCUCUCCAGUAGAUUACGAGACAGUUGGGUUACAACUGCUGCAAUGAGCUGUUUAAAUAUCCUGCUUGGAAACUUUAUUUUAAAAAAGAAUUGUAGGAAUCUCUAAAACAUGCAGUGUAAGAACCUCUGCAAAUUGGCAUUUGAGACUGAUCUGAUCUGUUAGUGCCUCUUCUUGCGGGGCUGAAUGUCUGCAGUCAGCUUGUGCUGAUAACCCUGUUUGAAGAGCCGGGUUUGGUCCUUCAGUAGUGCCGUGCUUGGCUCCGUGCUGGCUAGGUUGUCCUACACCUACUGGCAGAGAGUCCCUAUGAAACAAACUGAUGACUGUUCCUUAUCACCCAGGAAUUAAAAUAACAGGAGAACCGAGGACAAUUAUGUUACAGACCUCUUGUCUUGCAGGGGGUUAAAUCCCAAGUUCCAUUCUGGCAGAAGCAGUACCUGUUUGGGAAUAGAGAGGGAUUUGGCUUUAACCUUCAGCCUCCCAAACUGGAAUGCUGCAGGUGCCUUGAGUGCUGUCACACCUCUAGUUUAACCUGGUUUGAUCUUUCAGCUCAUACCUAUAAUCCAAAGAGGCAUAGAAAUAUAGAAAGGAUUGAAACUGUAAGGUUAUUUCCUUAAGCCUACUGGUUGCCCUUCAGGAGUUAUUAAAAAUGACCGUGUAACAUGUAUGAGACACAGGCCUGGCAGUGUAUUCUGAGAUUCCCAUGUUCCAGCUCAAAAUAUUUCUCUUGGAUUUUGUCACUGUGGAAGCUGUGAGAAUCAUUGUAGUUAAUGUUCUGUGAGUCCUCCAGGAGCCAGGAGGAGGGAAGGAAUUAUCUUCAUCUAAUUUUGCACCUUACUUGUACUGUAUGCAAGCCUGCAAAUACUCUCCUCCGUUGUCCCAACCUGUUUCAGAACACCACUAUUGCUCUUUGUGGUCCAAGCCAAACUCACAUGCUUUGCCACUGGGCUUACUGGAAUUGUCUGAUUGGAUGAGCAGCACUCAGCCACUCUAGCUUGUAUUUUGUACCUAAUGUUGCCCAGCAGCAGACGUUUCAAAGGACAGUGCAUGUGCAUUUGUAUUGAGCAAGUUUUAACAGCCUUCUCUUUUGGGAAAUUUUGUUCCUGGCCCAUUUAAGUUAAUUACUUGCAUUGCUAUCAUGAUUAAAAUAAAAGUACAAGUACUCAGACUUCUAGGUAUUGCACAAACACUAUGCACUAUUUUUUUUUAAUUUUCCUUAAUGUCAGAGUUCAUCUCCCUAACUUUUAAAAAAUUGUUUAACCUAACCAAACUUCAUCGUCCAUAUAAAAGUUUAAUCUCUUAUUUAAUCCAACUAAGCCUCAAUAUUUUCUGGCAAUGAUAACCAAUAUCAUUUUAUACUCUGUAGUACAUUGUUUCUUUUUAUAGUUCCAGAAUGAGUUGCCUUUUGUUUUCAUUGAAUCCCAUCUAUCCUUGUGUUCUCAGCUGUAAGAGGAAAUAAGGGGCCUUGCUUUAUAUUGUCAUCCUUUACAGAUAGUUCCGUUCCUAGAACUGUGGCUUCUCUGUCUCUCUGCAACUCAAACUGUCUAGCUGUCUGAUAAGAUGCUAACUCUCUCUCCAUGCCUUCUCUUUCUGCUGGUGUUUAAGCUCUGAGCCUAAACUGAAUGCAGUUUGAGAAAAUAAUCUACUGAUUGUUUUCAGUACUAUUUUCUAUAGUAGGCAAUGCUGUAAGUGAUUUCAGCACUGUAUGUAUAUUACGUAUGUAUACUGGAGAUAGCUUUAACCUUGCUGGUGUAAUUUUGGUGGCAGCUACAAUGGGGAGAAAACCAGCCAAGGUCAAUUUACCCUGUCUCUGGCAUGUGCAGCAGCACCUCUAAGCUCAGAGCAAUUGCUGUAGGUAUGUCUGUGAAGUAUAAUGCAGCUCUGGGCAGAGAAUACCUGAUGAUUUGUGUGGAGUGUUGCCCUGGCUGACAUACCUAUAGGACUGAGACAGUCUGUCUUAGCAGCAUUAGUCAGUGGAAUGAGGCUGAUGCCCUUACAGCACUUCUAGGAGCUGACAGCUCAGUUACUCUUGCUGGCAACUGCACUGUGCCAUGGGAACGCUUUGUGAGAUAAGUUCCUAUAGCAGUGUGGUACACGCUGGCUGUGUGAGAAAGACACAGUUGACUAGGUGGUGUCUACGUUAAGUGUCUAAGGUGCAGCUAUUAAUGCUCCAGUUAUCCCUCUUCCUAAGAGAAUACCCUGGUGCUCUGCAAAGGCUGACCCAGUGCUGGUGUUGUUCUGACCUGUAGUGCCUGCCUGGGUACCCUCCUCUGCCCUGUCUUGACACCAACCCAGGCUUUGGCCGGCUGAAGCUGGGGUAAAGUUUUAACCUAUUCCUGCAGUUGAAUGCUGUUCAGAGGAUUUCUAGGAGUUGUUCUAUGCUGUAAUUAAUCAGCCAGCUGUUUAUGAACCUGGACAGGAUGUCAAUUACUGUUGUAAUCCUUGUACCUUUAUAGCAAAGAGUAGCAGAUCAAUUCCUCAAAGGUAUUAGUGGAGUGAUUGGCUAGGAUACAGGAACAUGGAUAUUUGCAUUUUCAGAGGUAGGAGAACUAGGCUUGAUUUUGUCUAUCUGCCUUCCUUUCUGAAACCAGUAUCCUGAAGCUGUGAUGAUCUAUAAACCACUUGAAGACAACUUUUUAUGUGUAUAUUCAACCAUCAGAGGAAAGCUUUUGGCAGAUGAACUGUAUUUAAGUGACACCAUAUUGAUAGAUUUGCUGGGAGUUUCUUGCACCUAGAGGAUGUGGACACAAGAACAGAAGAGCCCCUGAUGGUUACCAGCUGGGGACAGCUCCCUGUGGAAUGAGGCAUUUUGACCUGGACCAAUGUCUUGGGCUUUGUUUUUAAUUGUUCAAGAAAAUGUUUAAUUCCCUACAUCAAGGAGGAACACUCAGCCCACUCAGUCCUAUUAAAACCCCUUUCUACUAACUGGGGGCUGAGUACCUCUAAAAUCAGACUGUUGCCAAAACUGUCAUCUCCCUUGGAUCAACACUAGUGGCUCACAAGAUAUGUUAAUAAAUGGAUUAUACAGUGACUGUGUGGGGCUCUGUCUUAUUUUUAAUAAAGGAACCUGUUCCAAGGGCAUGUUUUAGUUUGCGUUUUUUUUGGUGUUUUUUUUCUCUUUUUCCCAGCACUGAUUUAUGCUAAUUAAAUAUUUGUGUUAAUGUUAUUUUUGGAACAGUUUUAAUGUGUGAAAGAAUGUUAUAAAGUCAGUAUCAUAUUAGCUACCAUAAAAAUGAAAUGCAACAGCUCUUUGAAUGCCAUGUUUUAUGGCCUUUUGGAACAGGUGAAGGGUAUCUGCAAAUCAACUAAUUGCACUUAAAACUCAACACAGGGUUUUAUGUAUCAGCUUCAUAAUUCAUUGCUAUUGUUAUCUUUACAUACUAGUUUUGAACAAACUUGUUCAGAAAUGAUUUUGUCACCUUCCAGGGUAGGAUUUGUAUAUCACCAAUUGAAGGAUCAAAGCCAAACUUUGGAAAAGUGGAAGCAAAAUGCAAUUUGAAUGAAACACUGAUGCAAGUACACUGUUCUCCCCCUGCCACCCUCCAAAGCUGAAAUCUGUAUUGUUGUGUAAAACGCCUGCUUUGAAAAGUAACUCACCGACUACUGCAGUGACUUUCCCAAGUCAUUAUGAUUAGAUUGGGGCUUGGUGAAGACUCUAAGUAUUAUAGCACAUAAUUUUUUGUGCAUACCGUCUCUAGCUUGCUGUUGGGAACCAGCAUGCACUCACUGAAGUGAGAGCUGUUUGUGGUUAACACCUCCCUUUCUUCAUUUUUUACUUAGGGUUUUUGUACACCUACUUGUAUUUACUCUUUUCCCUGUGAGAAGCUGAGAGCUCAUGGCUGAGGCUUUGUGAGAAUAGCCGACGCGUACCAGUGGUGAAGCAGAGUCGUGUGCAUUUUAGAUGGCCUUUCAAACAUCAGUAAGCACUGUUUCACCAAGUAAGUUCCAAAGCACAUAGUCACUGUUUGGGAAAGAAACAAUGUCAAAACCAAAGCUAAGGUUACAAGUCUGUCAGGUCUCAUAUUUUGUAUUAAAGAACUUGACUUCUGCCUUCAGGUUGUACAAAGGCUUGGGAGGAGGAUACUCAUUUCAGAUUGUCAGCUAUAAGGUACUUCGGAU